UGUGUUCCCGGCUGGCUAAAUUUCACUUUGGCUGUGGAAGUCUGAAGGUGUGUUGUAGAUUGUGAUGCUGCUUGAGAUGAGAUGAAGUUUGUGCUGAGAAGGCCAUGGAUUUAUAGUAUAAGGAAGAAAGGACUCAGGGCAGUGCAUAUGUGUGUGGGUAGUGUGUAGCUCUCAGCAAGAGCAUUGGAAAGGGGACAAUGCCAUGAGUGCUCUGUGUGCAAUGUUCAGACACCAAACGUGAUGAUGAUUUUGAUGAGACUUCCAAGCGCCAUCCAUGUCUGAAAUGUGCUUCUGGUUAGAGAAGCACAUGGGGUCCUCGUGCUUGUGCCAUUCCCUAGCAAACCGAUCACCACGGCUGUGCAGGCGAGUUUUCCAACGCAAGCUCCAGGAAGUGCCAAGCACUUGGGCCCAGCAGACCUGAUCCAGAUCACACCAUGGCACCUCCAAAACCGCAGCACUGCACGUACCCUACCCAUUGCAUACCAUCACAGUCCACCGUGUCGGCGCCAGCUUUACCCUUGGACUAUAAAUCCAUGGCUAAAUGCUCUCCUAACACCACCACUUCAUCCACAGACAAAAGGCAUUCCAGCCUUGAACUAGCAGAACAAUUUCUCCAGUUUCCAGAAACACAAGAAACUACCAUGAUGAGUGCCAAGAACCUCGCUCAGCUGGCCAAGAAGUGGCAGAGGGUGGUGGCUAUGGGGAGGAAGAGGCUCACCUCAUCAACAUCAGGGGAGGAAACCGGAGGGCCGUGUGGCACGUCGUGCUCGCCUGUGGCUGGCAAGGGCCACUUCGUCGUGUACACUACCGACGGUGCAAGGUUCGAGGUGCCGCUUGCGUUCCUUGGCACGACCGUCUUCGACAAGCUCCUGAGGAUGUCCCAAGAGGAGUUCGGCUUCACACGCGUUGAUGGUGGCAGAAUCACGCUGCCCUGUGACGCAUCAAUGAUGGAGUACGCCAUGUGCUUGCUCAGGAGAAAUGCGUCCUCAGAGAUGGAGGCUGCAUUCCUCAACACCAUGGCGAUGCCAUGCCACUAUCAUGCGGAGCAACAUCUCAGAGUUAGCCAGCAUUAUGGUGUCUGCAGCUCCUGA